AUGACAAAGGAUGAUAUCAAAUUACUUUUAUCAGAAGAUUUAUCACCUUAUAAAUUAACCCUAUUAAUAGUAAUCCAUCUAUAUUUAUGUAAUGAAUUACCAAUUCCUCAAUUAAUCACUUUGACUCAAUUGAUAGAAAACAAACAACAACCACGACCACAUAAUCUACUAUCAACUCAUAAUAUUAUACAUUCAUUAUCACAAUUAUGUGAAUUAUUUAAUGAUGUGAAUGUAACAAAACAACUUUUGAAAUGUAUUUGGCGUAUCAAUUCAAUAGAACAAUUGGAAAAUGAUUAUAUCAAUAAUUUAAUAAAACGAGUUAAAUCAGUUGAUUUAAUUACAUUGAAUAUAACUCCAGGUUCUACAAAUAGUGGCAAAGUAUUAUCAUCAAAAUCAUUAUUUGGUUCAUUUAUUUUAAAAAUUUGUACAUCAUUUAAUUCACUUAAAUUUGAUGAAAGUUUUUUAUUAUUUCAAGCAUUCCAACAAUUUAGAGAACCAACACGACAAAGAUAUGUUGAAUUGGGAGGUGAUAUCAUAAAUGAAAAUAAUAAUCUUGGUGAUGAUCCUGAUAGGGAUUUAUUUACUAGAUUGAAUAAUAAUUUAAUUGAAUUAGGAAUAAACAAUUCAAUAUCAUUAUCAUCAUUAUCAUCGCCGACGUUAACGUCAACGCCAACGUCAACAAAAAUCAUCUCGGUACCUAAAUAUGAUUUUCAACAAUUAUUAGAUCGACAAAUUUCAUUAUUGGAAACUUAUGGUACACCAACUCCACAAUAUUUAAAAGAUAUAAUGAUGAUGAUGAUAUCACCAAAUUCUAACGUUGGUAGAAUUCAAAAUAUUCAAUUUAAUAAUUUACCGUCAUAUUAUUAUUUAAGAUAUCUUGAAUGUUUACAAAUUUCAAAUUAUAAUGAAGCAUUUGCUUCUUUACAUCAAUAUUUCGAUUAUAUGGUUUCUAAUAAUUCCAAAUAUUUUUAUCAUUUUGCAUUAAUUUCUCGAGCUUCAUUACAUCAAUAUUUUGGUGAAGAUAAUAAAGCUAUGGAUGCCAUUGAAGAAGCCAUUUCUGUAGCUCGAGAAAAUAAAGAUAAUUCAACUUUAACUUAUAUAUUAUCUUGGUUAUUUAAUUUCAUGAAAAAUAAACCCGAAUUAUGGAAAAAUCGACAAAUAUUUUAUAAUAAUAAUAAUAAUAAUAAUAAUAAUAAUAAUAAUAAUAAUAAUAAUAAUGAAUCUCAAUUAUUAGAUUUUUUAAUUAAAAAAUCAAAACAAAUAUCAUUACUGCUUUAUUCUAUGAGUUAUAAUUUUAAAACUUUAUAUUUUUUGAAUAAUGGUGAUUAUCAAUCAUGUAUUAAUAGUUUAAUUAAAUCAAUUUUCAUUGCUAUAAAUGAUGAUGUGAAAUCAACAUUUAUUAAAUCAGCAGAAUUAGCAGCAAUAGUUUGGAGUAAACUUGGUGAACCAAUAUUAAGUGAAGUUUAUAAUGAAAUUGCCAUUGAAUUAACUGAUAAUACAAUUGAUCAAUUUAGUCUAUUUAUUAGACUGAAUUUUUUAAAAUUCUUACAAGGUAACAACAACAUUAAUGAAACUUAUAAUCAAUUACAAAAUAUGAAAAACAAAGUGAUGAUUACUACUGAUCAUUCAUUAUAUAAUGCUAUUCAAAUUAGAAUGUUAAUUAUUCUGAUUAAAAUUAAUUUACAAAAGGGGAAAUAUAAUACCAGUAAAGAAAUUAUUAAUUUGUUGUUAGAUACUGAUUUAAAAGAUUUGGAAUUGAAACAUGAAGUAUUAAUGUUACAAGUACAAUUGGAAAUGUAUUUACAAAAUUAUAGUCAUGCCUUGGAAUUACUUGCCAGUAUGCAUACUACCACUACCACCACAACCACCAGUAGCAGUCAAAUCUAUUUAACCAUUCGAUUAAAUUUAUUAAAAUGUAAAAUUUUCAUUUCUUCAGGUAAUCCAUAUCGUGUUUUCAGUUUACUUAUUCAACAAAUCAAAAUAGCUACUAAAUGUGGAUUUGGUAUGAUUAUUAUUGAAGCAAAAUUAUUACUUUGGAAAUUAUUAAAUGAUUUAAAAUCUUUUACUGAUGCAAGAAAAUUGGGUGAAGAAAUAAUGCCACAAAUAUUCAGUUUAAAUCAAUCAGAAUUUAUUGCUAUUGCAUAUUUUGAAUUAGCCAGAAGUUGGAGCAAUGAUAAUGAUGAUGAUCUUGUCAAGUCUGGUGAAUAUAUUAAAAUUGCCAUUGAUAGAUUUAAACAAAAUUCUGAUUUGGUUAUGUUGAAGCAGUGUUUACAAUAUCAAGUUUAUUUAAUGAAUAAAUAUAAUCAACCACAAGAAAUGGAGUUGGCUAAUCGUUUAUUAAAUGAAAUAACUCAAGAGUUGCAAAAUGAAGUGGAACAAGGAUAUAUAUAUAAUUAG